AUGUCGACAGAAGCGUUGAAAUAUUGCUUUUAUCAUAUCAUUCAUCCUCCCAUGCUGCCCCAGGGGGUUACUGAUCAGGAGUGGCACCUGGAGAAAAGACUACACCAGAUGAUACAGGAAGUCCUUAAGGAGUUCAUUGAGAAUAUCUCAUCAGACUCGCAAGACAGCUGGGCCAUUGUUGCCAGGAUGUCAGAGAAUUGGAUGGAGACCGAAAAGAAAAGCACGCCGUGUAAAGAAUCUCUGACACGCAUAAUCUCUGAUCUACGAAGCCUCGGAGCUACUGCAUUGUACGUUCGCGCCCAGAACUGCGGCUGGGUAGCGUACUAUGACCAUAAUCACGACAUGCUGAUAUGUGAUGCAUUUGAAGCAGCCCCCUGUGCAGAGUGUGUGAUAUCUGCACAAGGAAGCUGGCUACGCCAAUUCCCCGGGCAGAGCAUUGCUAUUCCGGCGGACAGACUGGAUGACGCGAAAUUCUGCUCCUGGUUAGCAGGUGAGGUUAGCCAACUCUCCACCGAGACGGUAAACGAGAUGGUCCCAAUGUCCAAGAAGGCUGGAGCCCAAGUUUCCGAGGAGCGUGAUACUACCCAUCCCGGCUUGAUAACGGAAGGCCUGAUGAUCCAGCUCCUGGCAUUCGGCAGACAUAAUAAUUGGCCAUCCUUCGAUAAACACAUGCACGAUGAGGUCAACUGGAGGGAUAGCAGACUCCCUUGGCGACGAUCCCCUUACUGGUUCGUGGCAAAAGUCGCGCUGCAGAUUGUUUUACGACGCGUUUUCGGAGAUAUUGAGGGGCAUCGCCAUUAUAAAAACUUCAUGCUCUACAUCGUUGCCCAUAUUGCCCUGAAAGCCAACGAUAUGCCGCGAGAAACCUUUUCCGCAGAUCAACUGCAAGUAAUUCGGGCUAAAAUGGCUCGUCGUAUCCAGAAACUGGAUGGGAAAGUCCAUGAUUAUGUGGCGCGGCGGGUGCUCUCGGCGGAGUCAGCUAUUAGGAGAAAUUUGGAAGACAUACAAGAAAAAAUCAAGCAGGCCAAUUCAACGUUUGUUUUUGAAAUAUUCAGGUGUACCCAGCAGGACCUACAGUUGACCCUUGAUAGUUCGUCCGCAUAUCUUCAAGCAGCAUUCUCUCAAAGUCACACGCAAGCCGAAACUUCUCAAUUCAAUCGCCCCGGCAAUACUCGCAAUCAAUAUGAUAUGUAUGGGCUUCCCAGGCUAAGAAGCAAUGAUCUGCUGUCUGUCCUGGACUUUGAACGUUGGGUCGAACAUGAUAUGGAUCACUGGGAUGGGGCAAAUUUCUCAUCAGUGGAUGUUGUCUGUGCGAUCAAGGAUCGAUUCAACCAGUAUGAUGCUCACGGGACCCGAUUUAUGGCGGGUAACCCGGAGGCAAUGUCAAUCAUGAGACUCACCCAACUGGAGCUGUGGGUUACAUUAGAUCGCAUAUGUGCCAAGAUAUGCCCGCUCCUAAGGAAGUAUUCCCCAGAAAUUCCGGUGGAUUUUCUCGAGCCUCUACUCUUGCCACAGCGUUGCCAGAUGCGCAGGGCGAACAAGAUUGAGGCUUACAUUAAAGAACGGCAGCAGGACCAAGUACAUGGGUCUAUAUUUUGCGAUCCUCAUUCACGGGGAUUUGUAGUCGCCUAUUAUAUAUUAUUCGACGGUUUUAAUGAGCUGCGGCAGCGCAUUGAGGAGUACGUCCAGGACAUGGUUGAGAAGAAACGGAGGGAAUGGGUGUCAAAAUCGAAACAAUACAUCUCGCUGCAACAUAAAUCUAGCCAGGUCCAGCAUACCCAUGCGCUAAGUCAGCGAGGGUACCCUUUUCACAGGUCCUACUGUGAGAAGUGCUCCUAUGAUAUUCAGUCCGCGUGCAUGGCCAUCGAGAUCUACGAAUGGCCCCUUCCGGAGAAAGAGAGUCUUUUGAAAACCGUCAUCUUCGAACUGCAGUGUCCUCGUUGGUUUGCGGCAUGGAGGGAUGUUACGUGGACGAUUGUCCAAGACUUUGGCCGACGCCGACUUAAGCCAGCUUCUCAGAUGGAGUUGAAUCUCCUGAAGUAUGACGAAACCCGACAAUUCACUGAGAGCUGGAGCCAGCGUCUCACUCUGGGCUCCACGACGAAGUCAUGGAAACACACCCAUUAUCGCAAACGAUCCUUUCCAGUUGAUUUAAAACAGAACCAGGUCCUUGCGGAUCAAACGAAAUAUGAUUCCAGCUUGAAUUUGCACGAGUUCGUUGCUUUCGGGGGGCUACGGGCGGGGGAACGCGUGCAGUGGUUGAACAUUCUACGAGAGCUCGCAUCGCCCGCUCUUUCAUUGAACGAGGAGUCAGUCGGCAUUCUCAUCCGCCAGGCAGCAUGGGAGUUAGGAACGUCCAGCCACAGCACAGACCUAAGGGAAGCUCAUUGGAUAUUCGAGGAUGUAGCUUUCACCAGUAGACUGCUGGAGAUCCUAGAACGCCGUCUUGAUUUUAUAGAAGCAAACUGGACCGAGCACCACACUCUUCAUUCUCUGAUUGUCAUCGGUCUCCGGGCCCUGAGCCUAUCAGACACUGAUGCUGUGGUCGAACGCACGGCCGCAUUUAUACGUCGUGGACGGCGGAUUGCGAUGAGGUGGACUGAAAACUUAACCACCACGCUGGAUUCCCAGACACGCACGCAGAGCCAGGCCAAGCAGCAGCUCCUUACCCGAGUGGGCAGGAUCUGCCAGCUCACGUACGCCGUGGAAUCACACCAUGUACCUGCUCUUCUCUGCAGCCCUGACGAUCUCUUCCACCUCACACGCGCCUCCGUGGUCGUUUUCCAGAACACGCCAGCGAAGAUAAGGGAAACUAUGUCGGCUAAAAAUGCCUCUUGGAUACAGACCUCCAGAAUCCUUCACCAUGUCGAAGCACAGACUCGUCAGUUGAUACAGCAGGAGGCAGGUGGCCUCAAUAAGAUGCUCAGAAAGAGUGCGUCAGACCUGGUCAUUACCGAUGACUGGAGCUUUGACCAUGGUGGUCUGACCCGGUGGGCGAUAAAUCAGGUCCCAUCAGAUGGAGUGCGACGACAGCAGGAGAUCCGGUACGAUCUGCUCAGCGGCGAGCUUCUUGUUGAUAACACCCCUCCCGGCCGUCUUCCAGAUAAUUACAGGAAUGAUCCGUCAUUUAAUCGACUGUUUGGCCUGCGAAUAUUUGCGGUGCUUCCCUCGAGCCUGGUAGGGUCAAGGUACAUGUCUGCGCAACACUUCAGGGAAUAUCAGGUUCAUUUCGGAAUGGAAGAAGAUGGUCUCGUCAUCAAGGCUCAGCAAGGCAGCCAAGUGUUCAGAUACAUCCCGCCCAACCGGCUCCAAGGGGAUUUCCCUGAAGCCCUCCUCAUGAAUUACGCGCACUGGCUGAGCUUGCAUGACGGAAAGCUGGAGUUCCGUCUAAUCGCGCAGGCGUGGCAACCGACCGCAAGCAAUUGGUGCUUGUCAAUGAACUUUUCAGUCAUGGUACGACCCCGAUGCACCAUGGUGGAUAUUCGUAGUCGUCUCUAUCGGCGCCUGUCCCGAGUUCUGACGGCAUUGGACAAGUCGGAUUACAUGGUUGUGUAUCAAACCCCAGAGGACGUUGAAGUGGUUGAGAUGGUCCGACUACGGUUGCGAUUUCUCGUCACCAGGGACGGUCCGUUAGAAUCUCCUGAGCUGAAUGCCACCGUUGAUCGCGAUCAGGACAUCGGGAGCUUUUAUGGCCUGAAGAACAAGCUUGUUUUACGUGACAUCAACGAACCCGAACACCGGUCGGUUUUGAUCCCAUACGGAAAUGCCCACCCGGCGAAACAAGGAGGCCAUCCAAUUGUCCGCAUGGAGCUACGACAGGGAACUUAUAUCCGCUAUUUCCGGUAUCUCCUUGAUCCCCAUCUACAGGAAUUCCGGGGGCCUGGUGACAUGCUGGGGAUCCUCUAUCAGGCGUAUAUGCAUGCACUGACCGGGUUUGUGCUUGCUGAUCCCGCCACCCAUCGACUGGGAACCGCAGAGGCUCUUCGCAUCUUGCGGCAGGCGCGGCUGCGAUCUUCCUUACCUCUGGAGAAAGAGUGCCUGGAACUUCUGGAGCGUCUCGCUGCACUGACGCCCCGACGGCAGUACUAUCCCCGCCAUCUGAGGUCCAUGCAAUCGAUCGAGUGGAACAGGGAUCUAGGUGAGCUGGCGCAGCACGAUGAUUUCCAGGUCCUUGUUCAGGCAAUCAUGGGCCACGCUCGAUCGUUCUCUAUGCUUUACGAGGUUACUGCCAGCGAUCAAACCGUGCGAAUGUACCCAGACCGGGGGAUCCCCAUCUACUCGAAAGGGCCCGUCUGCGUCAUGCAAAACUCCAUCCUACCGAGUUUGGGGGUGCCCCAUAAGAGCAGUCGAAGCGCUCGGGUUUAUGAGGUUGCUGCCCUGAUUCGCGACUGGCCGACGAGCGUGCCGCAGUGCUCGAAGCUUUACUCGACCGUAGCGGGAUGGGAGCGCGUGCAGCUGUCGGCCCUGGCAGUGUGUGACCUUGGCUGUCAGGAUAGAUUGGAUCUGUCAUUCAGGAAUGCGUGGGGUGCUCUGUACGAGCCGUGCCGGCUAAGCGACCGGCGACGGGACUCGUACAACCUCAUGUCCCUCUUCUGCACGGUUGCAUUCCGGGGGGAUGAGGAAAUGGCCAACCUGCGCCCGUUGCUGGUGGUGGCAUUCUCCGAAAAAUUUUCUGAUCUUCCGGUGCCUGAUUUCGGGGAAGCGGGAACCGCUCUGCACUUACAACGGGGAGCGGACCUGAUCCCGUCCCAGAUCGCCAAUGAGAUAGAAUCUCGCUAUCCAUCUUUCGACAUUGCUCCGAACUUCACCUGGCUGUCGACAAAGCAACAAAAGACGAUAUUGGCAGAACAAGAACGGUACGAGGCCACAAGGCGGAGUCGUAUCCAUCACUGCCAGACCGUCAUCAGCGAGCAAUGGCCGUGCGAGAGACCGCGGGUGCCCCGGAUCCCUGAAGAGUAUCACACCCAAGCAUCGGAGGCGUGUGCUGCACUCUGCACAGGGUGGUAUCGGAACCGCAUCUUCCUCCGCUUUCUCCGGGCGGUUCAGCAGCGCUUGGAUGCCUUGGCACCCGACCCCGCCGGACCCGUCGACUGCAACCUCCCGCCUGACCCCGCCCCUGUCCCGCCCCGCUCCGCCCGAGUUGGCUUCCGCCCGCCUUCGCUGAUGGACCUCCUCAUCGCAUCGGCCUCGCGGGUCCCCGCCGCUGCUGCCGCACUGCCUUCUUCACUGCCGCCCCUGACGUUCCGUCGACCACACGCCCCCCACUGCUACAGCACCGACACCUCGUCCGAGCUCCGUUAUCUCGUCUCCGCACUCUGCAACGACUCUCACCCGUACCGUCGCCGGGUAGGGGAAGGCCUGCAGAAAAGCCUCGAGGCCCUCGAAACGAGGCAAUGGCCCUGUUCGCUGACCUCGUUGCCGGUACCACGGGGCGUGUUGGCUCGGCACUGUGGGAAAAUCCAACAACAGCGGGACUCCCUUUGGAGCACUGUCUACCGCAUGUUGGCUGCCACCAAUGGGGCCUCAGACGUGGUUACCAGCGCCGUAAUGUGGCCACCUAUCAAUGUGCAUUCCAUUCUGUCGGUGCUUGUGGCCGAUCAGUGGCCACUGGUCCCAGAGUCAUGGAAACAUCUGUUGUUGACGUUCGCUCAAAGCAUCACAUCCUUACGACGAUCCAAGCGUCUUCUCGCUUGCUAUGACCGGAAUGAUGUGGAGGGUUUCUUCAAGGAGGCCGAAGCAGCGGGUUGCGAUGGAUGGGAUGCCCGGACAAGACCGGAAUGGCUGUUGCUCGAAAUCGAAAACAACAUCACCAUCCGGGCCCGUCAAGCCCGGGUUGCCCAGCGCAUGAUUUGCCCAGACCCGCCCGGGAAUUCUGUCCUCCAGUUGAACAUGGGCGAAGGGAAGACUACUGUGAUCACCCCGAUGGUCGCAUUGAGUCUCACCAGCGGAUGCAGGGUGCCUCAGAUCAUCGUCUUGAAACCGCUCCUCCGGCAGAGUUUAGACCUCCUCUCGCAACGACUAGGCGGCAUCUUAGGCCGUCCGAUAUACCAUAUACCUUUUUCGCGGAGUACCGUCCUGGACGACCAGAAACUGGAGGUCUUGGGGGAUAUUUACCAGCAGUGUCAGGAGCACCGAGGAGUCCUACUUACGCUACCGGAGCAUAUUCUAUCAUUUCGUCUAGUAGGGCUCGAUUUAAUCGACCGGAAUCCAACAUUAGCCCCGAAAGCCAUCCAGCUAGAGGUGUGGCUGCAAGAACACUGCCACAAGAUUAUCGACGAAAGCGACGAGAUUUUAGACCCGAAAUUUCAACUAGUAUACACCGUGGGGUGUCAGCAGUCUCUAGAUGGGCACAGUGACCGAUGGCAAAUCACGCAGGGCCUGCUCUCAUUGGUGGAACAGCAGGCAGAGGAACUCUAUACGCAGGACCCGAACAGUCUGGAUAUGGAGCAUCACGGUGCUCGAUAUCCGAUCCUUCACUUUUUGAAAGCCAACACGGUGAAAAAUUUGAUCGAGAGCAUUCUGAGAGCUAUCCAAGGGCAGGGGCUGCCAGGACUUCCGUUGCAUUUACGGUGUCGGCGGGUCCGUACGUGCGCAUUGGAUUUUAUCCGGCUCACACGGCCGCAGCCCCGGGAGGUUCAAGCUCUCCACGAGGCAUUUGAGGGAGGGAGUUCGUUGCACAAGCUCCUGGUGUUGCGUGGCCUCCUGGCGUACGUCAUUCUCCGAUUCACCCUGGCCGGGAAGCGGUGGCUCGUGGACUACGGCCUCCAUCCGGAACGAUGCAUGAUGGCAGUGCCGUUCCGGGCGAAGGGAGUUCUGUCGGAGAACGCAGAAUUUGGUCAUCCAGAUGUGGCCAUCACUUUGACCUGUCUGAGUUAUUACUACCACGGCCUCAGCCCGGACCAGAUUCUGCAUUGCUUCGCCAUUCUGGGGAAGGAGAAUGACCCCGGAGCUGAGUACCAGCACUGGAUACAGAGGGAGAUAUCUACUCUCCCUGAGGAGCUCCGAGUGCUCACCGGGGUCAACCUGAAGGACGGACGGACGUUCAAGCAGAUCCUCUAUCCUCAUCUUCAAUAUCAGAAAGGUCUGGUGGACUUUUACCUUUCGCACGUCGUGUUCCCCAAAGAGGCGAAAGAAUAUCCUCAUAAAUUAAGCACCUCUGCGUGGGAUCUUCCCUCCAGACCCAAUCAACCCCCUACCACAGGUUUCAGCGGCACGAAUGAUAACCGGUUCCUGCUACCCCGGUCUGUACCACAGAGAGACCUCCUGCAACUGCUCCACACCAAUGCGAUGACUCUGAGUCUUCUUCUGAGGCCGGAGAAUCGGCAAUGCAUCUUCGCGCAGGAUGCCGAGGGCCGUCCACUUCGAGCAGACCAGCUGCUCGACCUCAUCAGCCAGCCCGUUGAGGUGGAGGCCGCCAUCUUCUUCAGUGAACAGGAUGAGGUGGUCGUCAUCGACCGUGAGAGUCACAUCGAGAGACUGGCGUCGUCUGGAUUUCGGCAGCAAGUUGGAAAAUGCCUGGUAUUUCUCGACCAGCAACAUUGUCGGGGGGUGGUUCUAAAGCUUCCAUCAUCCUACCGAGCCGCGGUGACACUAGGCCCUCGCUUGGCCAAGGACCGACUGGUGCAAGCAUGCAACCGAAUGCGAGAGCUGGGAAAUGGGCAAUCUGUGAUGUUUUUGAUCCCACCCGAAGUCCGUCACAGUCUGACGUUGCAAACCACGCCCAUAACCUCCUUGAAUGUAAUUCAGUGGACCUUGACCCAGGCAUGCGAUAUAUUCCAGAGUAUCGGUCCGCUUUGGGCAAUCCAAGGGUUACAGUAUUACCGACGUCAGAGAGAGUGGGAUCGACUGGUGGGAGAAGAAAUUUCUCCGCAGGAGGCCCUUCAACUUAUCCAGGAACCCGAGGCUCGGACCUUGUCCCAGCUAUACGCCCCGUGGGAUAACCACGAACUCUCACCCGUUGGCCAAAUGAGCGACAUGGACGAUCCUAUAAUUCAGGAGCUACUGCAGGAGUGGCAGGGCUCCGAUCGAGGGAUGCGAAAAGGAGCCCAGCUGCACGAGGAACAGGAGCGCCAGAUACGCCACGAAGUUCAGAGGGAGAAGCAGGUUUACCGUCCUCCUGGGUUCAAUCCAGCUCCCCAUCGAGUCCAUGGUGAUAUUCGUUACAUCGUUGCGCAUGGACAACUACCCCGCUCCUGUUCGUCUGCUGUCCAGACAGCCUUUGAUAUCUUCAGGCAGACGUCUGCGGGGCGGUUCGAGUUUCCAAGCGGACUAGCGCCCAAUCUCUUCGUGUCUGAGGACUUUGUGCGUACCGUCCAGCGCAGCACAAAAGGCCAGAAUGACGAGUUCCUCAAACCGGCUCACUGGGUGCUUUCAAAUGUUUAUAACCAGGAACUCUUUCUUCUCAGCCAAUUCGAAGUCAACGAGCUGUUGCCGGACAUUCCAGCGUCGGAGAAGACCCGACUGCACAUCUACACCCCGAGAACCACUAUGACCAUGCGGUCGUUCGAGGCGCUGGACUUCUACAGCAUUGGUUAUGGCCAGCCCAGCGUUCGCCCGCCUCAGGCAACCAUUCAAGACCUGGGCCUCUUCGCGGGGACGCUUUAUUUCGACACGUUCACGAUCUACGAGGGCCUUCGUCAAUUCCUCGGCUUAUUGACGGACGAGUACCGGGAUAUACCAAGUAACCGAGUGACCAACGAAGGGUUUGUCGAUGCGGAAACCCGAGAGGCGCAUGACUGGCCGGUUGAGAGCCCGUUCCAGAACAUUGUGACAAUCUAG